GCAUGAUAAAAUGCUCCUGAGCUGCUUCUAACAUCGUGAUUACCUGGUCUGGAACGACUGUCUUCCUUAUAAAUGGCUUGCCUAGGGAAAACUACCCGUGGUCGCCUUCUCUUCUAUCGACGAGGCAAAGGUAGUGCAACACUUAGCCUUAUUCGUUAUAUGGAUAUUGCGUAUCUAGGUCAUCUGCUUCGAAUGCAGCAUUGGCAUGGAUGGAUUGCGGUUAUCUAUUCAUGCCGUCAUCACGAGAGAACUGGCAUAGUUUGCCGUUGAUUCACACCCAGUAUAUUUUUUUUAGUAUUUGGAUUACCAUCUUUUCUUUUGCACAUCUUGGCAUUUUGGGUUCUUGCUAGUCAACUGUCGGGACGGGAUGGUGAUUAUUAGGUACGAGACGGAGAGUACAA